AUUUACAAGGUGAUGUUUGUCCCUGAGUGUGUUAGGUAAAUCAAACAGUUUCACCAUGUUUUUUGGCAGAUCUAAGCCAUGUGUUGUUUGGACGGUUUCAGAAACACUCGUUUUCGCAAAAAAGAAACAUGUCCAGCAAGUAGGUUUUCCAGAGAAUUGUUUGUGUUGGCACUGAUACAGACAGGCAUGGUGGACUAAUUGCCACGGAGGGCAAUCAGUGGACAUUUCCUGGCAUUGUCCUGGCUGAAUCUGUUGGACGGUAUAACUCUGCUAGCACAAAGACACGGGCAGACAGAUAUUCAGAACUUCAUGAUACAACUUGACGGGCCUGAAAUCUUUAGGGAACAGCAGCAGUUGCUGAGAUGAUCACACAGCGACUCCUGCGAGGAGUCUGGGGCCUCCUUCUUCUGUCAGCCUGCGUGUCAGCUACAACAGGAAGAUGCAGUUUGUUUGGACGGCACUCCGUUCAGACAUUUGACAGAGUCUUGUAUACGUUUCCUGGAAAAUGCAGCUAUUUUCUGGCUGGGGAUUGCAACCAUCAUACCUUCACAAUUCUGGGCGAUUUUAUUGAUGGCAAAAGAACAGGAGUCACUCUGUAUUUAGGAGAAGACUUUGAAUUACACCUGUCGGUGGAUGGCUUGCUUACACAGAAUGAAAGAAGGAUCCCUCUGCCCUAUGCAUCUCACUCUGUGUUUGUGGGCUCAGAGCUGGGCUACUACAAGCUCUGGAGUGAAGAGUUUGGUUUCUCCGUCACCAUUGAUAGUGCGACCAAUGUUGCCGUGACACUGACCAAGAACCACAACAAUCGCACCUGUGGCCUCUGUGGAAACUUCAACUCUGUGCAGGCUGACGACUACACAGCUCAAGAGGGCUUUUUAACGGAGCACAGUUAUGACUUUGCGAACUCAUGGGCAGUCAGUGGGCCGCUGACAGUGUGUCAGCGUGUGUCAAAGCCAAGCAAGUACUGCAACGGCACCAAACCGACAACGGAGACCUUUACAGACUGCAAUCUGUUAAAGAACUCUAAAGUUUUCCAGCAAUGUGCCAGCGUGGUCUCUCCUGAGGAUUUCCAAUUGUUGUGUCAAGAGGAGGCAUGUCACUGUAGGCAGAAGAACACGGAGGACUGUUACUGUUCCAUCCUGUUAGAAUAUGUCCGUACCUGCAACACCAAGGGGAUACUUUUACGAGGCUGGCAAGAGGAGUCCCAGUGCUUCCCCAAGUGUCCCAUUGGAAUGCAGUACAGUGAAUGCACCAAGGCCUGCUCUACAAACUGCCACAGUCUCAACAUCCAGGAGGUCUGCAAGGACGAAUGUGUGGAUGGCUGCACGUGCCCCAAGGGCAUGGUACUGGAUGGCAGGCGUUGUGUGGAAGUCUUGCAGUGCUCCUGUGUGCACAUGGGACAACAUUUCCCUCCAGGAUCAACCGUCUCUCAAAAUUGCAACACCUGUGUCUGUCGCCAUGGUUCAUGGGAAUGUACUAAUGAAGGCUGCCCCGGUGAAUGCCUGGUAGUAGGCCAGUCACACUUCAAGACAUUUGACAACAAGUUCUUCACCUUCAGUGGUCAGUGUCAGUAUUUGCUGGCGAGAGACUGCGCAGAGGGGGAAUUUUCUGUCAUUAUUGAUAUCGUACAGUGUGCAAAUGAUGAAGCAGCUACAUGCACACGUGCAGUGACACUAAGCCUUCCAUCUCUGGAUAACAUGAUCAUUAAGCUAAAGCAUGGAGGACUAAUCUCAGUUAACGGCUUUGACAUUCAGACCCCAAUGCAUCAUGGCCGUCUGCAAAUUCAGAGAUCCGUUCAAUCCUCUGUUCGUGUCAAGCUUGGAGAAGACCUUCGUCUGGAAUGGGAUGGGCGAGGACGGUUGUUCUUAAAGCUCAGUCCAAGAUGGGCCGGACAGACCUGUGGCCUCUGUGGGAAUUUCAAUGGGAAUCGAGGCGAUGACUUCCUGUGUGACUCUGGACUGGUGGAGGCAGGACCUCAGGCUUUUGGACAUUCUUGGAGGAUUAACGCAGAUUGUGAAUCUCCUCACAGACACGAGGUUGAUCCUUGUUCCUUGAAUCCAAAAAGAGUGCGUUUUGCAGAAGAGGCCUGCGCCGUCAUGACAACCGAUGCAUUCAGUCCGUGUUACGUCCUGGUAAAUCCUGCUCCUUUCCGGCGAUUUUGUCGCUACGACGUAUGUGCGUGCGUAGAUGGAGAGGAAUGUCUCUGCUCCGCACUGGCGGCUUACGCCGCCGUGUGCGCUGCUCAUGGAGUGCUGCUCAACUGGAGGACCCCUUCACUCUGUGCUUUGGAGUGCCCUGAAGGCCAAGUGUAUGAAACCUGCGGGAAUUUGUGUGACCGCACUUGUCAAGCUCUCUCUGGAGCUGAGGCCGGCUGUGACGGCGACAGGUUGUGUGAAGAAGGCUGUUUUUGUCCCCCGGGAAAGUACCUGAGUGACACUGGAGAAUGUGUGACUGCCGCCCAGUGCCCCUGUCUGCAUGAUGGGCAGCUUUACCAGCCCGGAGAUGUCUAUGCCGAUCACAAAAGUAUCUGCUACUGCGAGAAAGGCUCCAUGACCUGCUCCUCCCCUGAAAUGAACAAUAUGCUGUCUGACCUGUUCUACAAAGAUGACUGGCCGUCAGUUAGAGAGCGCCGAUCAGCCCAGUGCCCUCCACCUUUACUGCGUACAGAGUGUGGUCGUGGAGAAAAAGGAAUUGAGUGUGCACGCACCUGCCAGAACCUGGAUUUUCCCUGUGUCAGCCCGACCUGCAUCCCUGGCUGCCUCUGUCCUCCCGGCAUGGUCCAUCACGGCAGAGAAUGUAUUUUACCUGAACAGUGUCCCUGUUACCAUAACAACAGGGCCUAUUCUUCCGGCCAGGUCAUCUCCGUAGACUGCAACACCUGUGUGUGUAACAACAGACGGUGGAACUGCACGGGUAAGGUUUGUGACGGUGUGUGCCGCACCGUGGCUGAGGGACACUACAUCACUUUUGACGGCUUCAAGUACUCGUUCACUGGCCUUUGCCAGUAUGUUUUAGUCCAGGAUACAUGUAAUGGAGAGGAAGGUUCUUUCAGAGUACUCAUUGAAAACGAAGCCUGUGGAAUUGCGGGACAUCACUGUGCAAAAACCGUUACGGUCUUCUACAACGGAGGGUUGAUUCUGAUGCAACAGGGAGAGGUGAAGAUGAAGAGACCAAUUCUGCAGGGUUCACAAGUGGAGAUCGUCCGGUCCGGUCAGUUUUAUACUGUGCUUUUGGGGAAACACAUUUCCAUCAGCUGGGACAGGAGAACCAUGCUGCUGGUUCACAUCUCAGCCAGCUACAGGGGUCGGGUGUGUGGUUUGUGUGGGAACUUUGAUGGAAACAUUAACAACGACUUAGUCAGCAGCAACAACCAGCUUGAGGUUGACCCCUCCCACUUUGGAAAUUCUUGGAAGGUUCAUCCCAGCUGUGCUGAUGUUACAGAGGUACCUUCUCCGUGUGGCGAUAACGUUAUCAAGUUACUAACAGUGGAGCAGUCAUGUCAUGUGAUCACUGGUCCUCUCUUUAGGGAUUGCAACAGUCAGGUGGAUCCCGAGCCAUUUUCGGAGAUGUGUGUGGAGUCAGCAUGUUCUUGUACAUCAGUGGGAAACUGCGCAUGUUUCUGUGAUGUAAUCGCUGCCUAUGCUCAGAUUUGUUCUGAAAAAGGCAUAGCAGUCAGCUGGAGGUCUAAUGAUCUGUGCCCCAUGAGCUGUGAAGAGCUGAACCCCAAGAUCCCAGGCACAGGGGAGGAGUUAUGCCAGUGGAGGUAUAACAGUUGCGGACCUGCCUGUCCAAUCACCUGCCAACAUCCAGAUCGACUUCAAUGUUGGCUCUCAUGUGUGGAAGGUUGCCAUCCCACCUGCCGCCCAGGACAAGUGCUGGAUGAGGUGUCUCUGCAGUGUGUAGAUCCAUCUCACUGUCAGGUGUGUAUCCACGAUGGUGAGAGAAUCCCCCAUGACAACAAGGUCAUCUUCAACCACGAUGAUCCGGAGCUCUGCAAAAUAUGCCAAUGUGGAAACAACACCCUGAGCUGUGAAGAUUGCACCUCCCUUAAGAUGUCCGUUAUUCCCACAAUGACACCGACACAAAUGACAACUCUUCCCUUCACCACUGCAAUGCCUGAAGGCCAAUGUGACCGGGCAAUGGAUCUAGCAUUUUUAUUAGAUGGUUCACAAGCCUUAAAUGAGGAGGAAUUUCUGCAAACCAAAAAGUUCAUACUCGGAGUGAUUUCACGUUUUCGCAUGGGAUCAGCUCACACCCGUGCCACAGUGCUAGUUUAUCACUCUGGAGUGAAAACAUACGACUUACAGGUUCAAAAGUUGCGGUUCAAAAAGAUGGUUGGUGAUCUGCAUUAUACCGGGGGAGAUGUAGCCUUUUUGGACGAAGCUAUCAAAUACCUGGGUGUCAACAUCUAUGACAAGAACAAACGUCCUAAUGCUGAUCGUGUUGCCAUUAUUCUAACAGCCAGUGCCAACCCUCGUGCGGUCAGUAACUCUGUAAAACUGCUGAAGAAAAAGGCCAUCACUACACUGACAGUAGCACUGGGCCCGUUUGUAAACUUGGGCCAGAUUAAUGAUAUAACCAAGAUCCACCCAGGAAACCGAGCCUACAUACUUAACAGCCCAGCGGAACUGUCUGAUAACCUGUUAGGGCUGACCGAUCACCUUUGCACGUUAGGAAAGGAGCCUGAGGUGCCAAAAGCAGCAGUGACUAAAACGCCUCCCCGUCAACCGAACCCAACGCACCUGGUCCCAAGUAUUCCUACACUCGCCGCACCUUCUAAACUGGCUCCCGUUCCGAGCAUUUCGUCGUCCACAACGUCAGUCAGAGAUGUCACGUUUAUCAUAGAAGGCUCCGAUUCGGUUGGCGAGGAGAACUUCAACAAGUCACUGAGUUUCAUAAACGACGUUGUGACUCAAAUGACUGUAAAAGAGGAGGUUAUAAGGAUUACAGUCAUCCAGUAUUCCGUCACAGUGACUGUGGAGAUCAGUGGGUGGGAGUUAACGAGACAGAGAACCAUGCUGCUGCAGCGACUGAAGGAGAUUCGUUGGAGAGGUGGAAGCCAGACCAACACGGGCACGGCUGUUGUUCAGACCUUGAAAAAAACUCAUAUCACCCAGACUUCUCAAGGCCACACCCGUCCUGACCUUGUUUUCCUAGUGACAGCAAAUCCACCGACUGACACCGUGGAACUCUCAUCAUCUAGCACAACCUACACCCAAGUGCAAUCUAUCGGCGUUGGACCAAAAGUGAAUGAGGAGAUCUUGUUCAAAUAUAGCUUCCCCAAUCGUCCAAUAAUGGUUCCCGCUUACAAUAAUUUGACCAACCUGGUUCCCAUCAUUAUCAAUAUUGCAAAGACCAGAGUCAGUCUACAGUCUCCUACACUGCCACCACUGGUCGUCUCCACCCUCUCCAGCCUACCAUCCUCAGUGCCAUGUAAGAAGCCUGUAGACGUGUUGUUUCUGUUGAAGGCUGGAAAGCAGUUUGAAGACAUGAAAACGUUUGUCAAACUGUUCAUCAGGAACGCUGACAUAGGAAUAAAGGAUACACAGGUCAGUGUAGUCCAGUACGGAGAUAUCAACAUGGCAGAGGUCGCAUGGAAAGAUGGACAAAGCAAAUCAAAACUCCUGAAGCUGCUUGAAGGCAUACAGAGCAUGAGCACAACCCGAUCUAAUUUAGGGUCUGCACUGCAGUUUGCCGUGCGGAUGUCUAUAUCAUCGUCCUUUGGUGGACGUGUUGGUAUACCAAAGGCUGUGGUGAUGUUGGUGACUGACAAAUCAACCGACGAUGUGAAAGAGGCUGUAAAUGAAGCACUGGCAGCAGGCGUGUCAGUUUUUCCCAUUGGGGUGGGUCCAUACUAUGACAGACAGGAGCUUGAGCUGCUUGGACACCAUGGCAACCAAGAAAACAUCCUGCACAUAAACAGCAUGGAUAAUUUAUUGACAUUGCUGACUCUGGACCAUGGAUACACAGAGAGGAUCUGCAGAGCUGGUCCACCGGCAGUGUGUGUUGAUGAUGAUGGAAUUGAGAGAAAACCUGGUGAGACAUGGCUACUGGAGGAUGGCUGCCAUUUUCUUCUGUGCCACCCUAGCGGGAAAGUGGUCAUGCAGAACCACAAAGUCAACUGUGACAGACUGGAGCCACCGGUUUGCAGACAGAACAUAACACCUGUGAAAGUUCGGGAUGCCUGUGGCUGCCAUUGGGAAUGCCCAUGCAUGUGCAUGGGCAGCUCCACAAAUCAUGUGGUGAGAUUUGAUGGGUUGGCACUCAGGCUCGACAGGGAGGGUCAGUGUUCCUACACCCUCCUCAGUAUCGGCAGCAGCGUCAAUGAAGGAUCCGAAAUCAAACUCCACAGUGGAUCUUGUCAAAACUCUGAGGCCUUCAACAACAUGUGCAUGAAAGUCAUUGAAGUCAUUCAGGGCACACAUAAACUUCUGCUGAACGAUGAUAUGACGGCGGUGUUUGACGGCGAAGAACUCGCCUUUCCAUGGCGACAUGGUGGACUUGAGCUGGUCCGUUUCGGUGGAGUGAUGCUGCAGCUGAAAUCGGACAACGGCUAUGUCCUUUCUUUCACUCCGCAGAGCAAUGAGUUCACCAUCACGAUGUUGGAUUCGUCAAAUAGCAGCUACACUGCUGGACUUUGUGGUGGGUGCCAGCAAGAGCACGUCAACAACCUUUCAUUACGAAAUGGCAGCGCCACCACGGACAAGCCAGCCUUUAUCACGGACUGGACCACAGCUGGAGAUGCAUAUGUGUGUGUUCCAAAACAGAAGCUGUUAUGCAUGCGCUCUGCAGCGACAGGAUGUCAGGCCCUGCGUUUGGAGGCAUUCGAACCCUGCCAUUCGCACAUUCCCGUUCACGUAUUCCUUUCCAAGUGCGAGGAGCAGGCAUGUGACGAAUCCGACGUGUGUGAAAUCAUAUCCGCCUAUGCACGCCUCUGUCGACAGAGAGGAAUAUGUGUGAACUGGAGGAGCCCCCGCCUCUGCCCAUUGUCAUGCCCUAGCUCCAUGGAGUACGAUGCUUGUCGAACGGGUUGUGUGGAGGAUUGUGGGAGCGUGCUGACAUCGCGCGGCGACUUGCCAUUUGCCAGUCGUAACGAAUCAUCAUGCAUGGAGACUCCCGCUGAGGGUUGUUUCUGUGCUGGAGGGAUGAUCUGGCAUCAUGGACAGUGUGUAUCCCCAGAAGUGUGUAGGCAGUGUGUGGACCACCUUGGACUUGCGCAUAAGUACAUGGAGAGCUGGGUACCUGCUGAAAACCCAUGUAUGAUUUGCAUGUGUUUAAACCAACAAAGAAUCAACUGCACUGCUCGGCCAUGCAGCGAUGUCAAACCCCCAAUAUGUGGACCAUGUGAGGUCCUGAAAGAGGAAAGGGGAACCUCAUGCUGCCCAGAGUUCAAGUGUGUAUGUGAUCCGGUGAACUGUAAGCAUCCUGAAAUACCACGCUGUGAGGACGGUCAGACUCUCGUUCUGGAAAACCCUGGAGAAUGCAACCCUAUACACAUGUGCGUUUGUAACCGAACGGAAUGCCCUCUUCAAGCUCCGCCCGCCUGCCCAGCCCAUCGCCGACUGGUUGUCAAAAAGUCAAAGUGCUGUGAUAUGUUUGAGUGUGUGUGCAGUUGCACGAACUCAACUAACACCUGCCAGGUUGGGUUCAUAAUGUCGUCCAAAGUCAAUGACUGCGGCUGUGUGGAAGUCAGCUGCGUGCCGGACAAAGUUUGUGUUGUCGGCGAGGUAAUUCACGUGGUAGGAAGCGAGUGGAAAGAAGGAUGUGAGAAGUGUAGCUGCACCCAGCUGCAGGACAAAAGGACAUCUCUGCACCUCGCUCAGUGUACGCCACCAGUGUGUGAUCAGAUGUGUCCUCAGGGAUCCGCAUACACAUCAAUUGCAGGAGAAUGCUGUGGAAAGUGCACACCCUCCAGCUGUUUAGUGUCAAAGGCAUCUAUGCGAGGGGACACAAUGAUUGGUGGACAGCUCAGAAAUGUGGGAGAAAAGUGGACGUCUUCGAAUGAUCGAUGUGUCCAACAUGAAUGUGUGAAGGUGGGAAAUGAAGUGUUUAUCACUGCAAGUAACGUAAGCUGCUCUACCCUGGAAACUUCAUCUUGCCCACUCGGAACUGAGUUACGAUGUGACACCCGAGACUGCUGUCCACACUGCCACUGUGCUCCAUUAAAUGUAUGCGUGCUCAACAAUACAAUCAUCGGAGCAGGUGAGCAACUGAUGGUAGAUUUAUGCACACGCUGUGACUGCACAGUGGAGGGUUCUGCCGUGAGAAAAGCUAGACUCUCCUGCAGGAGAACCCACUGUCCUGUCUGUCCAAAGGGAUACACGCUGCAGAAGGAGGAAGAUGCGUGCUGUGGUCGCUGUGUUGCCACUGACUGUUUCAUCCAAGGUUCUGCUGGAGAAGUAAUCAGUAUGCAGGUGAACACAACAAGGGAGGACGGCUGCAACAGUUAUACCUGCAGUGUAAAUUGGAAAGGGGAAUUGAUAUUGCAGACAAAAGUGACAACCUGCCCUCCAUUUAACCGCCAAGCCUGCAUUGAUGAAGGGGGCAAAAUCAGCCGAAUAGGAACAACAUGCUGUGAGAUUUGCACAGAGCCACAAUGUAGGAAGAUGGUUGGAACACUGAACUACAUCAAAGUGGAGGACUGUCAAUCAGAGCAGCAGAUAGAAAUCAACUACUGUGAAGGCAAAUGUCACAGCAAGUCCAUGUACUCCCUGGAACGGCUCGCUGUGGAACAGGAAUGCGUGUGCUGUGCUGCUUUACAGACGGAGCCCAUCGCCGUCCCUCUCCUGUGUGCAAAUGGCACUCGCAGUCAUCACACCGUCCUGUCAGUCACCGCAUGCGACUGUCUUUCCAAACACUGUGCGUAGAGCGAGAGGGAGAAAAGAAGGGAGAGAAUGAUAGAAUGAGAGGGCGAGUUCAAAUGAAACAAAAACGUGUGUAACCCAGUAUAAAAUGUAACACAUUUCACAAAUAAUGAAAGCAAACCUUCCAGUAACAAUUUUUUUGUUACUUUCCUUUUGUUGCAUUUAUUCAAUCCUUUGUUACUUAUUCCUGUUUAGAAUCAUAUGUAGGCCAAGUUGAAGUACCGUAUUUUCCAGACUAUAAGUCACUUUUUUUGUUUUUCAUCCUUUGGCUGGAUUUGCGACUUAUAUUCAGGUACAAGUUACAUAUAAAAAUACCUAAUUUCACGUUUGUUAUUUUCACACCGACAGCCGCUAGAGGGCACUCUAGGCUUGUGUACCAGUAUCUGCAACUGCUGUACCAGUAAAAAAUUAGCUUGUUCGUAAUUUUCACACUGACAGCCACUAGAGGGCACUGGUGCAACUUGUAGUCUGGAACAAUUUAUAUGUAUUUUUCUUCUUCAUUAGAGGUGCGACAUAUACUGCAUAUACUACAACUUAUAGUCUGGAGAAUACAGUACACACUAAACAGGUCACUGGUCUAUCACAGGUCUAUUAUAGUGCAAUUUGAAGAUACACUUUCAUUUCCACAUAUAACUAGAAUGUAUCUGUAAUAACUGAUGCUGGCAGACUAUAGACAACGUCUGUUGUCGAUUUGGAAAUUUCUGAGCUUAUUAAAAAAUAACAGCAACUCUCAACUUUGUGAGCAAGGAUAGGCUGUCAUCAUUUCUUUAUCACGCAGUAUUAUAGUUUUUUUUUUUUCUUAUUAAUGAAACCUUAGUUUAUUCUGUUGUGUAAUCCAUCAACAACAACAGAAAACUUCACAGGAUCUUUGUGAUUUGAGUUGGUGGCAGUGGCGGCUUGGUGGUUAAGGAAGUGAACUACUUGUCUGGAUUGUAACGAAACAACGUUUAAAAGUACCUUUUCACAACAUCAGAUCUUUAAAAACAUGGCCGAUGACUGUGGUCAUUUUGAGUUGUAGCCGUGGGUAUUAGCACGCUACUACUACUAUACUACAUCUUGGAUGGCACUCCAAAUUUCUGCAGUCAUAAUGCAUGAAAGCGUUUCAUUUUCUAUCGUCACAAAUGUCAUCCCAUUUUUCCAAAUAAAAAGAUCUAUAGAUAGAUAGAUAAAUAGAUACACAGACAACAAAGUGAUAGCAGAAUAAAAUGUAUAUUAAAAAAAUUUAUAGAUAAUCAGUUUAGAAAGUAGUAUAAACUGUAUUGGUAACAGUGUAUAAAUAGAAGCCGCAUAGACAAUAAAAAUAAAGAGCAC